UCAGGUAUGUCAGAACACAGCAAUGAAUCCACAACAGUUGAUGAAUCUCAUCCAGCUGCAGAAGAGGUCCAGUCUGAGGAAGGUGCAAUGGCUCAAGAGUCUCCCAAAAAUUCAGCAGCAGAAAUUCCUGUGACUAGCAAUGGACAGAUGGAAGAUUCUCACGAGCACACAUUUAACAGGGACUUGAAACGUUCAUUACCAGCUGGACUUGGACUUUCUGAAACCAAAAUAACAUCUCACGGCUUUGACAGCACCAAAGAGGGAGUCGUUGAGGCAGGACCAUUUCCAGGUAAAGGUUCCUCAGCAUCACCCAAAUCAUCUGUUAUAUCUCCUAGCAGUGCAGCAGCUAGCAGACUGGCUGGACAAGGUUGUGAUUUAAUUAUUCCCACAGGGGGCAGAGCUCAGCAGAGUAGUGGACCUGUUGUGUUAGCAGAUGAAGUAAAGAAUCCAGCAAUGGAGAAAUUGGAAUUGGUGAGAAAGUGGAGCCUAAACACUUACAAGUGUACACGUCAGAUCAUCUCUGAAAAAUUGGGUCGUGGCUCAAGAACAGUAGAUCUGGAACUAGAAGCUCAAAUAGAUGUAUUGAGAGAUAACAAAAAAAAAUACGAAAAUAUCCUGAGACUGGCACAGACGCUGUCCACACAACUCUUCCAGAUGGUACAUACCCAAAGGCAACUUGGAGAUGCAUUUGCUGACCUGAGUUUGAAAUCAUUGGAACUUCAUGAGGAGUUUGGCUACAAUGCAGAUACGCAGAAACUUCUAGCUAAAAAUGGAGAAACUCUUCUCGGGGCUAUUAACUUUUUUAUUGCCAGUGUGAAUACAUUGGUGAAUAAAACAAUUGAGGAUACAUUAUUGACUGUGAAACAGUAUGAAAGUGCCAGGAUUGAAUAUGAUGCCUAUCGAACAGACCUAGAAGAGCUGAAUCUGGGCCCUCGUGAUGCAAACACUCUGCCAAAGAUUGAGCAAUCACAGCAACUGUUUCAAGUGCAUAAAGAGAAAUACGACAAAAUGCGUAAUGAUGUAUCUAUCAAAUUGAAAUUUUUGGAAGAAAAUAAGGUUAAGGUAUUGCACAAUCAGCUUGUUCUGUUCCACAAUGCCAUUGCGGCAUACUUUGCUGGGAAUCAAAAGCAGCUUGAACAGACACUUAAACAGUUCCACAUCAAAUUGAAAACUCCUGGAGCAGAUGCCCCAUCCUGGCUUGAAGAACAGUAAUCGGAUCAGAGAAGAGGACCCAAUGUUAACCUAAAAUCUUUAAAUGUGAUAAUAAUUAAGGGUUGGGGUUGAAGGACUGUUGUAGUGAUACUUGCACAGACAGCUUUAAUUUUUUUUCCCCUUUUAUAAUACUGUAAAACUGAAUUUGGUGGGAAAGUGGGUGACUUUAAGGUAACCAAACAUAAUUUCUGUCAUUUCAAAUACAGAGCACUCAUUUUGUAUGUGAAGGUU